AUGGAAAAUCAAAAGAAUGAAAAAGAUUGUGAAUUACUUCAAGACGCUUUUGAAGAAAUAUUUGAAAAAGUUGCCAUCACCGUUCUUAAUAAAGUACCAAUUUCAAGUUAUAAAUUAUAUCAAUUAACUAUACAAUCUCCUUACGUUAUUUUUGGAGAACGUAUUGUCGAUCUUGCAGUGGCACGUUUAAUGAACAAUAUGAAAUCAGAGACAGAGAUUGAAAACUCACUUGAAAAUGAUUUAAUAACGUGGGUUGCUAAAACAGCUCAAGAACAAGCUGGUGAUUUUCUUAGAGCAGUUAAAGAAGACAAAUUCUUUGAGGAUGAAGAGGUUAAAAAAUACUUAGCAGAAAGGAGAGGUAUUAUCCUUGAUGAUUUAAAGAAGAUGAAAGAUGAAGAUUUUGAUAAUUUAAAUAAACACAGUCCAAAGAAGGAUCUUUAA